GCGAGCGCGGCGGGGGACGCGGAGAGCCGGCUGGGGACGCGCGCCCAAGAUGGAGUUCCUGCUGGGGAACCCGUUCAGCACGCCGGUGGGGCAGUGCCUCGAAAAGGCGACAGAUGGCUCCCUGCAGAGCGAGGACUGGACAUUGAACAUGGAGAUCUGCGACAUCAUCAAUGAGACGGAGGAAGGGCCAAAGGACGCCAUUCGCGCCCUGAAGAAGCGGCUCAGCGGGAACCGGAACCACCGGGAGGUGAUGCUGGCGCUGACGGUGCUGGAGACGUGCGUGAAGAACUGUGGCCACCGCUUCCACGUCCUCGUGGCCAGCCGGGAUUUCAUCGACAGCGUCCUGGUCAAGAUCAUCUCGCCCAAGAACAGCGCCCCGGCCGCUGUGCAGGACAAGGUGCUCGCUCUCAUCCAGGCGUGGGCCGAUGCCUUCCGGAGCAGCCCUGACCUCACGGGCGUCGUGCACGCAUACGAGGAGCUGAAGAGGAAGGGCGUGGAGUUCCCCAUGGCCGACCUGGACGCGCUCUCCCCCAUACACACGCCCCAGCGGAGCGUCCCGGAGGUGGACCCAGCCGCCACCACGCCCAGGGCCCAGCCGCAGCCGAAGACGAGCCGUGGCUCCUACGCGGCCCCGCAGGCCCCGCCUCUGAGCGCCUCGGGCCCCAUCACGGCCAGUUCAGAGCAGAUCACCAGGCUGCGGAGCGAACUGGACGUUGUUCGAGGAAACACGAAAGUCAUGUCUGAGAUGCUGACGGAGAUGGUCCCUGGGCAGGAGGACUCGUCCGAUCUGGAGCUGCUGCAGGAGCUGCACCGGACCUGCCGCGCCAUGCAGCAGCGCGUGGUGGAGCUCAUCUCCCGCGUGUGCAACGAGGAGGUCACGGAGGAGCUGCUGCAUGUCAAUGACGACCUCAACAACGUCUUUCUCCGCUACGAGAGGUUCGAGCGCUACAGGUCCGGCCAGUCGGUUCAAAGCGCCAGUAAUGGAGUUCUGCGCGAAGUGACAGAGGACAACCUCAUAGACCUGGGCCCGGGGUCUCCAGCCGUGGUGAGCCCGACCGUGGGGAGCACAGCGCCCCCGUCUUCCCUCUCCUCCCAGCUCGCGGGCUUGGACCUGGGUGCGGAGGGCACCCGCGGCACCCUGCGCUCUCUCCAGCACUGUCCCUCCCGCGACGGCUUCGACGCGUUCACCCAGACCAGAGGGGGCUCUGCGGCCGCGCAGCGCAGGACGGCCGCCUGUGAGGACCCCCAGGCCGCCGGAGUCCUUGUUUCUGCGGUAGACGGUCGGAAACAGAGCUCUGAAGUGUCCCCAGUAGGUCAAAGAAAUAAAAUGGCAACAUAGACAGAAUCUGGCUAAUCUGAUGGAGGCCAGCCUGCGCCGCUCUGAAACACACCUGGAAGCCAGAGGAGGGGUCUGCUGGCCCGGCUGUGUGACGUUGGGAUGAACCCAGCUGCAGACACGGUGCUGGUGACUUUUCUAGAAGUAAAUAGUGGGCUUGUGAGGGAGUCCCAAGGGGGACUUCUGGACGCAACCGAGGGGAGGACGCAGGUCACCUUGAUCCGGGGCUGUCGGCUCGUUUCUCUAGGCUGGGAGCCAGCGUUUCAUCCGUGUGGCUUCGAGGGGACCAACGCUUCCUUUUACUUCUUACCACGUUAUUAUCUUACGGAGUCUGACAGCAGCUUAACUGUUUGUAGCCAGACAGAUCUCCAGGCCCUUGGCUUGAGCGGCCCAGGUGUGGACGGGGCCCAGGCACUGGGGGGUGCCCUCCCCCGCUCCCCCCACCCCCCGCUCUCCGUUGCGCUCCUUUUCUUCGAUGCUGGGGCACAGCCAGCUGUCGAAAGCUGGGAGGAGAGGGUGGGACGCGCGGAGGCUGCUGCGUUGAGGCUACUUCGUGAUUUUUCCACUAAAGAGACACAAAGACACGCAAGGCUGCCGUCCCUUCUGUCAUCACAGCCCUCGCUUUUGCCUGUGUCUGCUGGUGCCGGCCUGCUGUGGAAGGGCCCCAGGACGCCAUCCUUUCAGUGGGUGGAGCCGGGACCACCUGCCCUCUGCCCUGCCUGCCCCGCCCGGGGCCCGUGGCCGCCCCCUCCUGUCUGGGCCGGGACUGUUGCAGGUGGCGGGGCUCCACCCCGGCCUGCAGGCCAGCCCUCCAGGGCUGAGAGGCCCGUGACUGAGGGUGGACACACGAGUCAAAAAGUUAUCCACUUAAGAACGCGUACUGCCCCCCGCCGCGUCCCGUCCCGUCCCGUCCUGUCCGCUGGCCCCGCUUCCUAGAGCCGCUGCUGCCCUCACCCGCGUGCCGCCUGCCGUCCCGCGUGCUCUGCGCUGUGUACGUCUUGGUCUUGGUUCCGUGGGGCCGCUUGGACUGACGUGUGCGCUGUUCUG